UAGAGCGGAUGGCAACACUUACAGCAGCUAACGCUUCACGCCGGAUCUGGAGGCGUCCUCCUCCGGACCGGAUGAAAGCGCUGGACUUGGUCUACGCAGGGCACGUCAGUGCAGCCCGUCUCGCGUUUCCGGGAGCCCGUCAACUUUUCAGCUCGGACCAGAGUCCCGAAACGGUCCGUCCAGACGUGACGGCCCGCUGGCUCAGUCAAAAGCCUUUCAGGUACCAAGUUCACAUCCACUCCUGUUUCUCACCAGCCAUGAAGUGAUGAGACCAGAUCAUCUGCAGCAGAGGUCCACGACCAGCCCGAAACCAGGUCAUCUGGAGCAGACAUCCGGUCGCUGAGAGUCCGCCGAGUGGUCCAAACUUUGUCGCUGUGGGAAGAAGUUGACGAGCCAGAUAACAACAUGGUGCCACUAUGAGCGACCAGACCCAAGACUGCUGGUUCUGUGAGGAGUGUCAAGAUUAUUUCCAUGAGGAGUGUCCCUCUCACGGCCCCCCGCUGUUUGUCCCUGAUACCCCUGUGGCCCCAGGCUCUGCCAACAGGGCGGCGCUCUCUGCCCCAUCAGGCCUUGAGGUCUUCACAGAGGGAGAGGAGGUUGAUGUACGGUGUGUGGGUGCAACCAUUCCUAAGGGGGCAUUGUUUGGCCCAUACGAGGGAGAACUGGUCUCCAAAGACAAAUCCUCUGGAUUUUACUCCUGGAUAAUCGCUGGUAAAAACAACACAUAUCAAUCCAUUGAUGGCAGCGAUGAGACGAGGGCCAACUGGAUGAGGUAUGUGCGGACUUCAUCAGAGGAGAACGAGAGGAAUCUUACGGCGUUUCAACACAGCAAACACAUUUAUUUCCGUGUCUGUCGGCAGCUGGUGGCUGGAGAGAGGCUGCGUGUUUGGUACAGCGACGGAUACAUCAGGCGUUUGCACAGCGUGUCUCAGGACAGCAUUGACCGCAACCUGGAGGCAGGCCCUGGGAAAGGUGUGAAAAUCAAGCCCAGUCUCACCAAGUACCCCAGUGAAGACACGGACAGCCAGCCUCCAGCUAAGAAGAAGAAAAUUGAUCUCAUCUUCAAAGAUGUUGUAGAAGCAUCUUUGGAGACUUCAAGCAAGACCAGAAUCCUGCCAGCUGAACAGAUCUCAGGUCAGUAUUGUAAAGCACCAGGAUUGGGACUGAACUCCCCCGAAGGGAACGUGAACCUCCCACUGCUGAAGGUGGAGGAGUCAGAGCAGGAGCAGGCCAAUGAGGAGCCCUCGACCUCUUUCUGCCCUAACUGUGUCAGACUGAAGAGAAGAGUCCGGGAGCUGGAAUCUGAGCUGUCUCUUCUCAGAGGACAACAGAUGGACACUCUGGCCCCACCCCACCCGGAGCAAGGCCCGAUCGAAGACUUCCACGGGAUGGAGCCUCUGACGCCCUCUCAGGUGGUUCUGGAUGAGGAUGAUCAGGAUGUGGAUUCUGCUGAUGAGUCGAUUUCUGCUGAACUUCUGGUUUCUGCUGACGAAACCAAGCUGUCCUCUGGACCAGGCCGUCGGAUUCGCAGGUUCAAGCAAGAGUGGCUGAAAAAGUUUUGGUUCCUUCGCUACUCUCCUACUCUAAAUGAGAUGUGGUGCCAUGUCUGUCGCCAAUACACAGUCCAAUCAUCCCGUACCUCAGCCUUCAUCAUUGGCUCCAAGCAAUUUAAAAUCCAUACUAUCAAGCUCCACAGCCAGAGCAACCUGCACAAGAAGUGUCUACAACUGUACAAACUCCGCAUGCACCCUGAGAAGACAGAGGAAAUGUGUAGGAACAUGAUGCUGCUGUUCAAUGCAGCAUAUCAUCUGGCUCUGGAGGGAAGGCCUUUCUCUGAUCUGCGCCCACUGGCAGAGCUGCUGAAGAAGUGUGAGCUGAAGGUGGUGGACCAGUACAUGAACGAAGGAGACUGUCAGAUCCUCAUCCACCACAUCGCCAGGGCGUUAAAGGAAGACCUGGCUGAACGGAUGCGUUUGUCCCCAUUCCUCAGCAUCAUCAUGGAUGCCCAGAAUGACGAUCUUUUCUCAGACACUGUAGCAGUUUAUGUUCAGUUCAUUACUGGGGAGGGCUCCCCCAACACCGAGUUCCUGUCCCUUCAGAAGCUUACCAUGGUCAGCGUGGAUGGCUACCUCCAGGCAAUGGACCGUGCCUUUGGCGUGUUGGGUCUCCGGUUCCAGGACAUGUUGGUGGUGGGUUUAGGGGUUGAUGGCACCAACAUGUCCUCGACAAUGAGAGCCAACCUGUACAUCACUGUCCAGAAAACUUUGCCAUGGAUUCUCUGCCUUCCUAUCAUGAUCCAUCGACCUCAUCUGGAAGUGCUGGAUGCUAUCAGCGGUAAAGAGCUGUCCUGCCUUGAGGACCUUGAAAACAACCUCAAACAGCUCCUCAGUUUUUACCGCUAUUCCCCUCGCAUGAUGGCAGAGCUUCGAUCCACAGCUCCAACUCUGUCAGAGGAGACAGAGUUCUUAGGAGAUAUCAGAGCAGUACGAUGGAUAAUAGGAGAACCAAAUGUACUCAACGCACUAAUCAAAGAUUACCUGGAGUUGGUCUCUCACCUGAAGGAGAUCAGCAGGCAAACACAGAGAGCUGAUGCUGCAGCCAUCGCUCUUACCCUCCUCCAGUUCCUUCUGGACUACCAGUCAGUAAAGCUCAUCUAUUUCCUUCUGGACAUCAUUGCUGUUCUCUCACGUUUAGCCUUUAUCUUCCAAGGUGACUACCUGUUGCCAUCGCAAGUCGAUGUCAGGAUAGAGGAGGCCAUUCUGGAGAUAGGCCAGCUAGUAGACUGCCCUGGGGAGUAUCUGCAAGAGUUUGAGGAACAUUUCCGCGAAAGCUUCAAUGGUGUGGCCCUAAAGAACCUGCGUGUUGCAGAGUCCAAGUUUCAGUCUAUCCGGGAAAAGAUCUGUCGUAGGAGUCAGGGCAUUCUGUCGCAGAGACUGGAUGUCCACAGCCGCUCUAUUGCCAAAGCCUGCAAGGUGCUGGACCUCUCCACCUGGCCUCAGAGCAGGGAGGAUCUGCAGGCUUAUGGGGAAGAGGAAAUCCUGCUGAUGUUUGACCACCUGGAGUCAAUUCCCUCAUCAGGUCAGGAGGGUCACCAGGUGAGGAUGGAGGCCCGGGACAGCCUGGUGUUGGAGUGGAGGGAUCUGAAAGCUGACUACUUCAGUAUGAAUGGUUUCAAAGAGGUGGUUGGUCAUGUCUGCAGGUACAAACAGCGUUUUCCACUUCUGAAUCGGAUAAUGCAGGUUGUGAGGGUGCUGCCCAGCUCAACUAUUUGCUGUGAUAAAGGCCGAGGUUCUCUACAAAGGAUGUGUAAAAAUAACCGUUCGCGUUUGACCCUAGAGCAGAUGAAUGAUCUUCUCACCUUGGCUGUGAAUGGACCUCCCAUGGCCAACUUUGAUGGAAAACGAGCCUUAGACAGCUGGUUUGAGGAGAAGUCCGGGAGCAGCUACUCUAUCUCGGCUGAGACUCUGAGCAGAAUGUCAACUGAACAGAAGACCGUUCUGCAUAGUGUUGACAUCAACACGGACUUCUACCCCGACAUCUGAUCGGGACCAGGAGUCAGGCUAUAUUCCUCUCAAAAGCUAUUGGCAAUGGACAUGGACUUGCAGGUAUCAGUCCUCCCAGAUUACAAUUUUCCAUUUAGGUCACUUUGACUGAGACAAAUAGAGGGACUGAUGCUGAUCCCAGAUGAACAUUUCCACACUCCAUGAGUUCAGGGGUCCGGCUGGAAGAAAACUCUUUGUGUUUCAAAUUGAUCACUUAGUGUUUGAAACUUGUUCACAUCUGCACUACUGAGCAGCUCUCAGCUUUAACUGUCUGGCCAUGAGGAGUCUUUUAGUGCCUGGCAGAAAUCAUGCAGCUGAACUCAGAAGUACAUGUCUUAAAAAUGAUUCAAGGCCAUAUAUUUCUAUGAGAAACAGGAACUGAACAUCUCUUUAUUGUGUGUGUGUGUGUGUGUGUAUAUAUAUAUAUAUAUAUAUAUAUAUAUAUAUAUAUAUAUAUAUAUAU